GAAACUGGUGGGGUGGGGCCAGAAAACAUUACAAUGGAGCUGGGAUGGAGGAGGUGUACUUUUAUUUCAGAUUGUUGUCAUUCGAGUAGAGACUCCCGAAACAGCAACUAACAGAACCGAGGCUCUUUUAGAUCCCCUGGGUUGUUAACCUGGCACACGGGGGAGAGAGUAGGUAACAGAGCAGAAGAGAGAGGCAGUGGAGGAAGGCAGGAAACCCUUCGCACGCGUCUCAUCCCAUCCACUUUAGGUUUCUCCGUGCCGAUUGUAACAAGAGGGGAAAGAGCUAGCAGAAACCCCUGAAGGAAAGGAACGAAAGGGGAGGUGAGAAACUCAAUUGAAAAAGAGGUAGCAGGAGAGUAAAAGUCAGCAGAUGCAAACCGGGAGGCCUGAGGAGGAGGAAAAAGGCUGGGCUUCGGCAACCUGCUGCUAGGAUUUAGACAAAGGAGGUUUGAGAGAGGCGGAAUCAGAUUCCAAUAUCAGCUCCAGGAGAGAGCCCGCUGCUGGGCUCCGGGAGACGAAACAGCCGCAGUUCACAGUGACUGGAGCAUGUACCACAGCGAGAGCUCCCAGGAAAAAUUCAGUCUGGGGAGGGACCGGCGGGAAUUCACAGUGCAUGUACCACACAGCAAGAGCUCCCAGGAAAAAGUAAGUCUGGGGAAGGAUUUGCCAAGCUUGACUGACUCUGACAUCGGAGACCCUCUCUGAGGCAUGCCUCCAUCCAUGCGUUACUUCUUCAUAGUGUCUGUGACUACUGUCAUCGUUUUUAUUGUGCUCUACGUGUUAAGUUUUGGGGGAGAUCAAAGCUACCAGAAGCUGAACAUCUCAGACUCGGUGAUGCUGGCGCAAGUGUGCUCAUCCUUCAGCGACGGGAAAAACCGGUUCCUGUGGAGAAACAAACUAAUGAUCCACGAGAAGCCUUCUUGCACAGAAUAUGUGACCCAAAGCCACUAUAUCACUGCCCCUUUAUCUCAGGAAGAGGUCGAUUUUCCUUUGGCGUACGUCAUGGUCAUCCAUCACAAUUUUGACACCUUUGCAAGGCUCUUUAGGGCAAUCUUCAUGCCUCAAAAUAUCUACUGUGUUCAUGUGGACGAAAAGGCCACAGCUGAAUUCAAAGGUGCCGUGGAACAGUUAGUGAGCUGCUUCCCCAAUGCCUUUCUGGCUUCUAAGAUGGAGCCAGUGGUCUAUGGUGGAAUCUCCCGGCUCCAGGCUGACCUGAACUGCAUCAAAGAUCUGUCCACCUCCGAGGUCCCUUGGAAGUACGCCAUCAACACCUGUGGACAAGACUUCCCCCUGAAAACCAACAAGGAGAUAGUUCAGUACCUGAAAGGGCUUAAGGGGAAGAAUCUCACUCCGGGGGUGCUGCCUCCAGCUCACGCCAUUGGAAGGACCAGGUACGUCCACCGGGAGCACUUGAGCAAAGAGCUUUCCUAUGUGAUCAGAACCACGGCUCUGAAGCCUCCACCUCCCCACAACCUCACCAUUUAUUUUGGCUCUGCCUAUGUCGCCCUGUCGAGAGAGUUUGCUGACUUUGUUCUCCGUGACCCGAGGGCGGUUGAUUUGCUCCAUUGGUCCAAAGAUACUUUCAGUCCCGAUGAGCAUUUCUGGGUGACGCUCAAUAGGAUUCCAGGAGUCCCUGGCGCCAUGCCACCAAACGCAUCCUGGACGGGUAACCUUAGAGCUGUGAAGUGGAUGGACAUGGAAGCGAAGCACGGAGGCUGCCAUGGUCACUAUGUCCAUGGCAUUUGCAUCUAUGGAAACGGAGACUUGCAGUGGCUAAUUAAUUCACAGAGCCUGUUUGCUAACAAAUUUGAACUCAACACAUACCCUCUUACCGUGGAAUGCCUGGAACUGAGGCUUCGAGAAAGAACACUCAACCAGAGUGAGAUUGCCAUACAGCCCAGCUGGUAUUUCUGACCCGCAGCAGCUCGGGCCUGAAUGGAAAUUGAAGACGUAAAGAAGAGCUUUCUUUUCCAAGAGACUCUUGUCUUAGCUAUGCUGAAGACUUUAAAAAAAAAAAAAAUGGUUUCAGGGAACCGUGAGGACCUGGCAACACAGCUCUGCCUGCAAUGUUCACUGAGCACUGUGAUACAUAUGACAGGAUGGCUGCACGAAACUGUCCUGGCAUUUUUGCCAGUCUGGCCAUUUCUUUGGAAUGCUUAGAUAUCUCUAGCAAGCCUGGUUCUUGUCAGGUAGUCCAGGAUGGCCUUGAACUCUAAUCCUCCCACCUUGGCCCCCUAAGGGCUGCGAUUCCAAGUGUGGACAACCACACCUGGCCCUGGUGUCUGGCGGUCACUUGCCGGUCAUCUGUGUCUCCGUCUGCUAGGUGGUCGGUGAUAAAUUCAGAUGCAUCAGAUCUCUGUGCCAGAUACGCAGUAUACCCUGUUCAAAAGGAGGAUGGCGGAUAAUACUGUCUGAGAAAAUCAGAACUUAUUUGAGAAGGAAGCUGUCAUUCCAUACUCCUAGCAACUACAUUCUCAGGCACACAUAGGCACACUCAGAGACAGCUUUCCAGCAAUGCAAACCAUUUUCAUUUAAUACAAGCUGAUCCUGAAGAGCCGAGGGACUAUGUAAGUUCAGUGUCCAAGCAUUUGACUGACAUUGGUGCAGAGUUAGGUUCCAUCUCCAGCAUCACUCACAGGCCUUGUGAAUACCGACGUUUUCAGUUUAUUCGUGCCUGCAGUUCUGCGGACAGAACAAAGCCAUUAACAAGCGACCGACAGCACGUGCCGUAAGACAGGAGGUGGCUGCAGGAGGAGGAUGCCUCAGGGAUGCCGGACAUUUCCGUGUUCUAUUCCAAAAAUGUUCUCUUUUCCCAGAGAACACUGGAACAUCCUCACAGGAAUGAAGGAAUUCUUUCUUUCCCACAGGAAAGGUGCUACUGCGUGGGUCUGGAACCUGUGAAUGAAUCGCUUCUGGGGUUUCAUUUCUAUAUGAGAGAUGGGUACCCGGUUCUGUUGUGUGCAGCUUUAACCAUACCAGAACAGCUUCUAGCUUGCAAUGAUUUGUGCUGACAGGAGUACCUGGAUCUCUACAAGCUUUUUAUGACAGGUGGACAUCUGUGUCAUUUUUCCUUGUUCCCUCAUCCAUCAUCCAUCCAUCCAUCCAUCCAUCCAUCCAUCCAUCCAUCCAUCCAUCCAUCCGUCAGCCUACAUUCAGCCAACGCCUCUUGAAUGUCUGUGAUUCCCCCAGGCACAUGCUGACAGACACGAGGGAAACAAGACAGAUACUUUCUCUACUGUAAAACUCUGGGGAGUGGUAUCGGCUUUUGAAACCCUGCUCCAGAGUCUUACAAAAUGGCUACACUUCGCACGUACCCUGGCCUGGCUAUAUAUUACAUUGGGCCAUAGAGAUCAGCAAUGUAUUACUUCAUAGAUUAAUUCAGAGACAGGAAGGAGGAAACGAAAGCGAGAGCCUCUUGUGUCUUCGCCAACUCCUUCUUGUCUUCUUUUAUUGAAGAGUCCACACACAAAUCCACCCCUCUGGUGGGCUACAUGAGCACCUGCGUCUUGCAGGUGAUGUAACAAGCCUUAGGAUGGUUCGUGAUCAUUAGGGAGCAAAUUCUAAGAACUCAGGUUAUCUUUCUGAGUCUCUCAUUUCUUUAGGGAUGUGGAGAGAAGAUGAAGUAAAGCCAUGCGUAGUAUCACCAGAGAAGGUGGAGUUUAAGAAUGGUCUCAGUGUUAUUAAUGAGAAAAAGUUCUCUCAAUCAGAAAAAAACCAAAACAAAACAAAACGUAAGGUUGGGACUCAGUAGGUGAAGGUGUUUGCAGCCAAGCCUGAUGACCUGAGGUCAAUUCCUGGGUCCCACAUGACAGAGGGAGAGAGCCCACUACGGAAAGGAACUCUCAAACCUCCACACACAUGUCCUUGCACCUGGGCACUCCAUUCCCCCCAUAUACAUAUACACAUACAUGAAUAACUGUAGUUUUUAAAAUGUGAUUUUUUUUUGUUAGUGCUUUUGCAUUUAGAAAUAUUUAUUUAUUCUAGCAGGGAAAAAAAAAACCACACGCUUUACAUGACGUCACUUACCACGAUUUCAUUCUUGUGCUGUAAUUGUACUGAAUGUUACUCAUCUUUAAAGGGAAAUCACUUCAUGUAAAACUUUCUUGUCUCUUCUACUGAAAAAUAAAAUGGGGUUGUAUCGGGUAAUAAAGGGCUGAGCGGUCGGAAGCACUUGGUCAAGGCGAAGUCUAAAACCGCUCUCUCUCUUUUUUAUUUGAUUUGGGUGGGAGCACCUGAAGACUAAUGUUUUACACUGGAUCGAGAUCUCGUGGAAAACGAGACAUUCUUUUUCUGGAGAAGUUUACAUGCCCAUUGUUGGUCACCUCUUUACUGUAAUACUAUUGGAAAGAGUGUAGCAUUUGCAUAGCAGGGAUUGUGCCCGUAUCUACUGUGUCCAUUUUGGCUUUUCGGAUGUUUUCUGUUUUUGUUUCCUUGGAAAUAAAUUAAUAUAUUGUUUUCCACCUUC